GUUGAAUACGCAUCGUAUCUCGUUGAAAUCGUGAUUCGCGUCGAAAAGAGCGAUAAGGAACGCGUCGCGGUAGCCUUUGGUGAGCGUGUUGUUCUGGUCGGUUUGUUCUGAACAGACCACCUCAAUCGAGAAAGUGUGGCCCUCGUAACGGAGCCGUUACCAUAGCGACCGUGGAAUAGAAAGGUGCUCUCUAUGUGCCAGUGAUUUACCCACCUCUCUGCUGCAGUGCGUUGUGGAUAUUGCCCUACAUUACACCUGAAGUUCAGUGCACUUACUGGGGUCGAAAUUUGGGAGUGCAAGUUUUUGGAGUGCGACGGAUCGAAAAGAAUCCCUAUUAUUAUCUGCUUCAAAGCAAACAUCAUCCUCGCAGCCCAACAAAAAUGCCUUCACUGGGAAUAUCGUGCGUGCGCUAUCUGGUGUUCUUCUUCAAUUUCUUGUUCGCGAUCACUGGCGGAAUCGUGGUUAUAACUGGAACCCUCAUCCAGUCGUACUACUAUCAUUACUCCAACUUUGUCGGUGAGAGCUUCUGGACCGCACCGAUUGUGCUGAUCGUUAUUGGAUCGAUCAUAUUCGUGGUAGCAUGCUUCGGAUGCUGUGGUGCUGCCAAGGAAAGUCCUUGUAUGAUCAUAACGUUCUCCAUCUUCCUCGGAGUGGUAUUCCUGGUUGAGAUCGGCAUUGGCGUUGCUGGGUAUUACAAACAUGAGCAACUGAGUGGCAUCCUGGAGAAAGGCUUCAACAAAACCCUUGAGAGCUACCCCAACGAUAAAGGGGCUCAGGAAGCUUGGAAUCUGGUACAGUCGGAGAUGCAAUGUUGUGGCAUCAAUGGUCCGGAAGACUGGGAGCCAAUCUACAAGAACGACACCGUACCGAGGGCUUGCUGUCACCGGAUGCCGGUUGGGGUGAACAAGUGCACCCGGGAGUACGCAUCUACGGAGGGUUGCUUCUCGAAGCUUUCUAACUUCCUCGGUUCUAAAUCGCUCAUCUUGGCUGGCAUCGGCAUUGGAUUGGCAAUUGUACAGCUUAUCGCGGUCCUGCUGGCAUGCUGCUUGUAUGGCUCAUUCCGGCGCCAGUACGAAACUGUCUAAAUUGUGAAAAGCGCAAUAAUAAGCAACAACAGAAACUGAGAGAAGAAACAUUCCAACUCGAAGACAUCCUUCACGAAAUGAACUGCUGUUGCGAUAUCAACGAAACAAAUUCGAAACCCUUAAAAGAUUGGUCGAAGAAGUGAAGUACCGAAAUCAAAACACUAGUACCCAGCAGCCACAUUAGUAGCUCUACGGUACUUUUUGCUCACAACUCUCAUUCCAUAAGCCUGCACAAUGUUGCUCAUCUUAUCACAUAGAAGAACUACACUCCCAGAUCCUCAAAACAAUGUCAGCAAGAUAAGAUUACAUUGGCUAGGAAAGAGAGUAGCUCACGAAAUACCUCCACACUGAGUAAUCGGAAUUCCACUCCCACCAGGCCAACAAUUUUGAAAUGGGAACAAAAUGAAAUCAAUAAUUUUACCAAUUAUCUCCUACUCCACAAAGGGAUGAUUUUAGAGGAUUUUAGAAAAGUACUCCCACUAGAGAAGUGCUGCGGCAUACGAAUCUUGUCUACGUCUCGUGCGGCUGUGGAAUAUGUGCGAUUCGUGCUAUGCACGAUGCUCGUUGUUUGUCACAUUGCAUAGGCCAACGAAUGGCGCUUGAUGUUAAUGUUUUUUUUAGGUUGUCGAGUGGAUUGGUAUGCAGCAUGGAACAACCCUUCUGCUAGGAGUCACAUUUUUCAGCGUAGUUACCCUUCCCCAUUCUUGUUUGUUCACUGGUAAAAAGGAUAUCGAAAUGUGCGAUUUAAUUAACAUUAGCUGAAUACGAGACCAAUGUACUAAAGGUUCGGUGUAUGUACUUUUGUUGGCUUCAAACGUUCUGGUUGGAGGUGAAUUAAAUCAUUUGAUGGUGUAUUUUAGCUCUCCUCAGAUUGCCUCAUUAACAGAACAUUUUGCAUUUUGGUGAAUCGCAUCUGUAGUAGAAGCAUAUUGCAAAGCAGAUAGAAUGCAGCAUUUUCAUUCAGUCCCACAAGCAAGAGUUGAGGCAAAACACUUUGCAGAAACUCAGGCAUAAGAAUCGUCUCAUAUCGAGAACACAGUGUGGUCGUUGAGGAUUAUAGGAAAGUAAGAAGACAUUAGCAGCAUGAAAGAUUUAUGAUAAAUAGGAUGAAACGUGGCGGUUGGCGCGAUGCAGAUACAAUUCAAAUCGUUCUAUAUUUUAUCGUCAUUUAUAAAUGCUACAUCUACAGUAGAUUGUAAUUCUUCACCAUCUUUAACGUAGUACGAAGAGAUAACGGUGUAUUGCGAAGUUGUCUCGCGCACUUAAGAUUUACGAUGAAAGGACUGGAUGGAAAACCGUGCACGCGUGAAAGAUCACCUAAAGUCGCACGAGAAGAAUAAAACCGCAAGAAGAAUCUCACCGAUCAGCUCGA